UAAGCUCCCUGCGAGUCCUCCCCCUCUGCGUCUUCUUCCCCUUUCUCUUCUUCCUCCCGAGCGACUUCGCAGUCCCUUCUCAGAACCCUAACAAGACGAAGAACAACAGCCCGGACGAACACCGCCGGAGAAGAUCAGCCUUCCCCUCAAGAGCGCCUCCGACGCUUCAUGGAGCCGCGCGCUUGCGCUUGAUCUUGUCGUUGUCCCAAUGCGGCUGUGAUUAAGGCUAUAAGAUGUCUUAAUGUGAUGGAGGGAAGUAUCUAAAGUACAUGGGUUGAUAUCACGGCCAAAUUUAGCAUUUGCCUAUGUAUUCAAAACAACCCACCCAGGGGGAUACAUCUGUUCUUGGGCCAGUUCGUACAAGUGAUAGGCUCAAGAGAAGACCUAAGAUUUAUGGCCGCACCUACCUUUACUAUGGUCCGUCCCUUUUACGCACCACGAAGAGCAAGACUAAGACAAGGACCGCAGCUUCCCAAAUUGCGAAAAUAUUUCGUCCAGGUUCUCGACCUCAAAGAAACGAAAAUACAAGUUCGAUGGCAACCAACCUUCGGCGAUCUUCCCGCAGAAGGAUUCGGGUAAAAUAUGCGGGUUAUACAAGUAGCUCAGAAGGGGGAGAUGGAGACAUAAUGAUAAAACUCAGACCUUCGAGAGAGAGAACCCGUAACAACAGUCUCGAUGAGUUAUCAACUCCUAAGCGCAGGAAGCUUAUGGAGUCAAGAUCAGUGCCCCGUCGUGAAGGGUUGCGGCCUCGGCAUUCCAGCAGCAUUGCAAGGGGACAACCAAAUUUACAUUCUGAUGAUGAGGAUGCUGAUGAACAAGGUACGUCUGAUGACAAGGCUGGCCAAGAUGAAACUGAAAAUGGCAAUGGGGGUGAUGAUGCUCAGAAUGACGGUGAGGAUGAUCUUAAGGCUGAAGAUGACGGUGAAGAUGAAGGAGAAGAGGAUGGUGAUGAUGAGGAGGGUGAAGAUGAACAGGAGGGUCGGAGGCGGUAUGAUCUUCGUAAUCGUGCAGAGGUCCGCAGACUUUCUAUGGAUACAGGGAAGCAACGAGUGAGGUCUCCUAGGAGGGUUUUGCAUCAAGGGAUGGGAAACAAGGUCAGCAGAGAUGUAAGAAAGGGUGGGUCUCGAGUCCAUAAGCGUCAUCGCAUAGGCAGGAAUGAAGAUUCUGAUGAUUCUCUCCUUGUGGAUGAGCUAGAUCAAGGGCCUGCCAUCCCUUGGGGCCGAAGUGGAGGCAGGUCUGGACCGCCUUGGCUCCUAGGGGGACUAGAUAUGCAUGGUUCUGCUGCAUGGGGAUUGAAUAUUGCUGCUUCAGGUUGGGGCCACCAGGCUGAUGGUUUUGCUACCUUGAGUUCUGGCAUUCAAACUGCUGGUCCUAGCUCUAAGGGUGGGGCAGAUAUUCAACCUUUACAGGUUGACGACAACAUAAGUUUUGAUGAUAUUGGUGGCCUCUCCGAGUAUAUUGAUGCUUUGAAGGAAAUGGUCUUUUUCCCCUUAUUAUAUCCAGAUUUUUUUGCCAGUUAUCACAUCACUCCACCUCGGGGAGUGUUGUUGUGUGGUCCCCCAGGCACAGGGAAAACAUUGAUAGCGAGAGCAUUAGCCUGUGCUGCUUCAAAGGCUGGCCAGAAAGUCAGCUUUUACAUGCGGAAGGGUGCUGAUGUGCUCAGUAAAUGGGUUGGUGAGGCUGAGAGACAAUUGAAGCUACUUUUUGAGGAAGCACAAAGGAAUCAGCCUUCCAUCAUUUUCUUCGAUGAGAUAGAUGGUCUUGCUCCAGUUCGUAGUAGUAAACAGGAGCAAAUUCAUAAUUCCAUUGUGUCUACUCUGCUUGCCCUGAUGGAUGGUCUCGAUUCUCGUGGGCAAGUUGUUCUAAUAGGAGCCACCAAUCGGAUUGAUGCCAUUGAUGGAGCAUUGCGUCGCCCUGGUAGAUUUGAUCGUGAAUUUAACUUUCCUCUGCCUGGAUGUGAGGCACGUGCAGAAAUUUUGGACAUACACUCUCGUAAGUGGAAGAUGCCCCCUUCCAAGGAGCUGAGACUAGAACUCGCAGCAAGCUGUGUCGGAUACUGUGGUGCUGAUUUGAAGGCUUUAUGUACAGAGGCUGCUAUACGUGCCUUUCGUGAAAGAUAUCCUCAGGUUUACACCAGCGAUGACAAGUUCCUGAUCGUUGUGGAUUCAGUUAAGGUAGAAAAAUAUCACUUUGUUGAAGCCAUGUCCACUAUUACUCCUGCUGCUCAUAGGGGCUCCAUUGUGCACUCUCGGCCGUUAUCUUCAGUUGUGGUACCAUGUCUGAAGAGACAUCUUGAAAAAGUCAUGACUUCCAUAUCUGACAUAUUUCCUCCACUGUCAGCUCCGUCUGAGUUGACCCAGCUUUCCAUGCUCUCUUAUGGUUCAUCAUUCUCUCUGGUGUAUAGACCUCGGCUACUGCUGUAUGGUAGCGAAGGUGUUGGUUUGGAUCAUCUUGGGCCUGCAGUUUUGCAUGAGCUGGAGAAAUUUCCUGUCUAUUCUCUUGGACUACCAUCGCUUCUAUCAGAUCCAAGUGCCAAGACCCCUGAGGAGGCAUUGGUUCACAUAUUUGGUGAAGCAAGAAGAACAACUCCAUCAGUUCUCUACUUACCUCAGUUCCAUCUUUGGUGGGAAACUGCACAUGAACAACUCAGGGCUGUCCUGAUUACCCUGUUGGAGGAAUUGCCGUCUGAUUUGCCGAUAUUAUUGCUAGGAGUCUCACAAGCUGCACCAAAUGAGGUGGAUACAGAUGGUACUUUGAUAUUCCCUCCAUGCAGCAUCUAUCAAGUGGGCACUCCAUCCACUGAAGACAGGGAAUUAUUUUUUGACCACCUCAUUGGAGCUGCCUUGUCAGUUUCUUCAGAGGUCAAGAAGAAAGAUUCCUCGUCAUCUGUCUGUGUUACUGAACUCCCAAAAGCACCAAAAGUAGCAGCUGGCCCUAAGGCUUCUGAGUUGAAAGCCAAGUUUGAAUCUGAGCAGCACGCCCUUCGGCGAUUGCGGAUGUGCCUGAGAGAUGUUUGCAACCGGAUUUUAUAUGACAAACGGUUUAGGGAUUUCCAUUAUCCGGUCAUGGAUGAGGAUGCUCCAAAUUAUCGGUCAAUAAUCCAGAAUCCAAUGGACAUGUCUACUCUUUUGCAACGUGUUGAUUCUGGCCAGUUCAUUACAUGUUCAGCAUUCCUACAGGACAUUGAUCUAAUAGUGGCAAAUGCGAAGGCAUACAACGGGGAUGACUACAAUGGAACUAGGAUCGUCAGUAGAGCUCACGAGCUUCGAGAUUCAGUUCAUGGUAUGAUAUCACAGAUGGACCCAGCCCUAUUAACCUUCUGUGACAAGAUUGCUGCUCAAGGGGGCCCGCUGCAGCUUCCUGACGAUUUAGCAGCAUCAACCUUCCCAUCUAUUCCAGUUGUGCAGCUCGGGACAGUUACAAGGGCAAGUGCCCGGCUUCGUAAUGUCCAGCCUCAGUUGAAUCUAGAUCAGAGCAACGAUGUCCUGAAACGUCCAAAGAAAAAUGCUGAUUUUGCAUAUGGAGGUUCAACAGCAGAUGAUAACUUAAGGACCCAAGAUUCGUUAACCCCGAAGCCUCCCAAUGAAGAAGAGGUGAAUGAUGCACUGAAUACUGAGAGGCAAGAGCCAUCCCCCGCUGAGAGCAACCCUGAAGAACCUCCCGAAGGAGGAACUCCUGAUUGCGCUGAUGGUGGCAGAAACUCCCCACAUGCCUCCGUGAUGGAUAUUGAUGUGUCAGGCCAAGUGGAGUCCAUAAAGCGGCUCUUUGUGGAGCGUACGGACAACUAUGUUAUCCCUCAGCUCGAGAGGCUCUAUACGAGGGUCAUCAAGGGCGUGUUUGAGACCAGGAAGGAAGGGAAAGAUGAUCUUAAGCAAAGAAUUUUGAGUUUUUUGUCUAAGUUUGCCGAGGAUGAGGCAAGUUUUUGAUCCCAACAGUUUCUUCUCCUUGUCCUCAUCCCUCUAUGAGAGAGACAAAAAGAAGAAAAGAUAGGAAAAAAAAAAGAAUGGAUAGGUAAGAUUGGUUGUACAGUCGGGAUUUUUCUUUUUUCAAGUCUGAGUAACUCUUUUUCGAGUGAAGAUGAGCCUCUUCUCUCUCAACAUGCGGUUGUAUAUGUUUUAUAAUGAAGAUUAUGCCUAAAUAUUUGGAAA